UGGAAGGCGCGCGGAGCCGAUGCGCGCUCAGUGGGGGCAGUAUCUUUGAGGAUGAAGGAAUGAAACUACGACAGCUGAAACUAGAGAAUCAAGACUGUUGGCUUGGGGUAUGAGCCAGUAGCAACAAGUGGCUCUUAUUGCUAGGCACUGUGGUCAAUGUAUGCCAGUUUGAGAUAUUGUCAUGGAGAUGCAUCACUGUUCCAACAAAACAAAGCUGCUGGGCUGGAUGGAAUUCACAGAAUCACAGAAUUCCUUUGGAGCAACUGCCAGUUAAGCAACUGAGAGAGAGCUCUUCUAGAGAAAAAGCAGAAGAAGAAACGUCUUGAUCCCCUGAUGGUGCAGCCAAAUCCUGAGGCAAAGCUGCACAGGUCAAAGCCCAAAGGAUGUGAAGAACAGACUCCUUUAGUAGAAACUCCUACCACUUUCCACAAUAAUGUUGUGUUACAUGGCAUUGAUGGACCAGUUUCUUUCUUGAAAUCAGAAGUGCAAGAUUUAGGAACCAAACUCCAAACUUUCUCUGUUGGAUCUUCCAUAACAGCAGAAAAUGCAGAUGAGGAAAACAAUGGACACGCUCUAACAGAAACGUUAGGCAAUGCAGAUCUGCAAGAAAUCUUACAGAAACGAGGAAUUUCAGGCAGUUUGAAUUUUGAUGAGGAGGACACAGAAGAAGAGGAAGAAGUAAGUAAGAGACCAGCAUCUCAGUCACCACAUCCUGAAUCUGAGAGGCUUCAUUCUGCAACUGUCGAGAAAUCCUUUGCAGAAAUAGGUGCUUCCUGUAGUCCAUCCCCUCAGGCGGUUGCACAUCUGGGAGAAGUAGAGAACUUGGAGGAAUUUGCAUUGCGCCCUGCACCCCGUGGUAUUACAGUCAAGUGUCGAGUCACUAGAGAUAAGAAGGGAAUGGACCGAGGCCUCUUCCCUACUUAUUACAUGCAUCUGGAAAAGGAUAACAACAGAAAGAUGUUUCUUCUUGCAGGUAGAAAACGAAAAAAGAGCAAAACGUCCAAUUAUGUCAUAUCAGUUGACCCAACUGAUUUGUCCCGGGAAGGGGAAAGUUUCAUUGGAAAACUCAGGUCAAACCUCAUGGGAACUAAAUUUACAGUCUAUGACCAUGGAGUAAGCCCAAUAAAGGCACAGGGUCAAGUGGAAAAGGCUCAUACACGACAAGAACUCGCAGCUAUUUAUUAUGAAACCAAUGUAUUAGGAUUCAAAGGUCCCAGAAAAAUGUCUGUGAUCAUUCCAGGAAUGAAUAUGAAUCAUAAGCGAAUUCCAGUCCAGCCACAAAAUGAAAAUGAGAGUCUUCUGUCAAAAUGGCAAACUAAAGAUUUAGAGAACCUCAUUGAGUUGCACAACAAGGCUCCAGUCUGGAAUGAUGAUACUCAGUCCUAUGUUUUGAAUUUCCAUGGGAGAGUCACUCAGGCCUCAGUGAAGAACUUCCAGAUUGUCCACGACAAUGACCCUGACUACAUUGUGAUGCAGUUCGGUCGUGUAGCAGAAGACGUUUUCACUCUGGACUAUAACUAUCCUCUCUGUGCUCUUCAGGCUUUUGCUAUUGGACUCUCCAGCUUUGAUAGUAAAUUGGCCUGUGAAUGAGAAACAGCAGACUUGAGACAUAGAACUCACUCCCGCCUCUGUAUCUUGUUAGAAUUCCAGGUGAAGUAAUGGAAAGCACAUUGGGGGUGGAAGGAUACUGGAAGACAAACUUUUGUGAGCUUAUUGGAAAGUAAACAGCAAUCCUGAGAGCAUUUUGGUAUUUAACAGUUGACCAUCUUAGGAGACUAUCUCAAGACUGAGUGGUCUCUGUACACUUUGUGGAAGAGCAAGGAACACAGAUGAUGUUUUUGUUGUCAGAAUUGAUUAUGCUUUCAGAAUCUUUGCAUCAGCUGCUGCUUGAGGAGGCAAAGGAAUUUGUUUCACUAGUUGAAACCCAUUGCAGCUAGAAUUAGAAAAAUAAUGGUUUAGUGUUCACGUACCUUGAAUCUUCAGCAAUGCCCAUGGAGAUGAUGCUACUGAUGUUACUUUGAGUUUCUGAUGAGAUUAAUUAAGAAAAAAGGAGAGUAGUUAUGGCAUAUAUUCUGUCUUGCCCUGUGCAGCAUUUUGCAGCCUGUUAACAACAGUGAAAGGGAAAAGGAUUCAUGUUAAGCCUACAUGCAACUGUAGGUAGUGGUCAACAAACACAGAAGUGGACUGAGACGCUGGCUCUAAUGAAAGAUGUUUCUCUUAUUUUGCAGAAUGAAUCUCUGUUAAACUUUAUAGUCCAUUUCCCUUUCAUUAUCCUAAUUGCUCCAUGUCCCUUGAUACACUUUUUAGCAAAUGAAGAAUCACUCCUUUUUAAUUUGGCAAAAUUAUAUCCAUUGGUGUAUCUCUUAUUUUGAACUAUGUGAAAUAUAAGAUUGAAUAGACGAUGGAACAUGACUUUGACUGAAAGUAGUAUUGUACUGCUCCUGAAAAGCACUGUUUGGACUGAACAUCUGAAUCUAGACCUUAUGGUGAUCAGAAAUACUUUUUAACUUGUCCUUUAUUUGUAAAAUUUUCUACAUUUUUAGGAACGAGCGAGAUGUGACUCAUUUCAAUUUUUUUUUGUUCAAUGUGAGAUUAUCUCAAGUUAGGACACAGUUGUAGGUUUCAUGUAAAUAAUUUGAAUCUGCCUGUAAGAGUAAGAUACCUCAAGAGGAGAUUACUGAUGUUUUCAAAGGCAUCAGUUGAGUUUUUUUUUUUUUUAAAAAAAAAAGUAUCACGGGGCUGUAUAAUGUUUCUUUCCCAUGUUCCCAUUUAAAUGCUAGAUUGUACAAUUUGGAGACUGUAGGUUACAACAUUGACUCAUACGGCUUUGAUUUAUCAGUGAAUCGCUGCACGCUGACAUGCGAGCCUCAGUGCGCACAUCUGCUCUGCACUAAAGCAGAACAGCUAAUAACUUGCCACUUCCAUGGCUACUAUGCAUAUCCACGAUGAGUCUGGAAAACUGUAUCUUCCAUUAAGACAAGAAAUAGCUUUCUUCAGUUUUACAUGUUACUAUUAUCAGCAGACGCGCUCUAUUUCAUGCUCCUAAGAAGCAGGCUUACUGUUUUUGGUCUCCAGAGUCUUUGCAGGUAGUUAUCACUUUGAAAGUAUCACUCUUUCAAAAUAGAAACAGAAGAUGACUUAACAGGGUUUAAUUGCCCAGGAAAAACAAACAAACAAACAAACAAACAACAAAUAACAGUAAUCAUUUGUAAACUUUGUAUUUAGUUGUAAAUUAUAAACUGUUGCUGGGAGGACCAACUCUACAAAAUGCUGGAAGCCCAAUCUUAAAAACCCAUUCUGUGUUAGCUGGAGAGCCAUUGUAUUCAGAGAGAUCUCAUCAGCACAUCAGUCAGUGAAGAGAACUGAUACCAUGAAUAUCCUUGGUGCCUUCAUGUACUUCCUGCUCAUCAGGCCAGGGACAAGAUCUGGCAGUGUUCUCAAGUUAUGUUCGGCUGAGUUCUUUGACUGGUGGUUCUGCCUUACUUUUACUCAUCCAGAAAUACUAAGAAGGCUGAUAGUAAUCUGAUUAUUUUUUUUCUGAUUAGGACAGUAUGAAAGAAACUGCACUGUGUUAGUUUGAUGUGACUUGAAGGUGUUGAAGGUUGAAUGCUGAUUUCCAAUUCAAGAUAAUUUUACUCUGUUCUCAAAAAGUCAUGGUAGCAUUGCUUGACAAUUACGCUAAUUAGCAGUGGAUCUUCAAGUUGAUGUCAGAUGAUCUUCACUGGGCCAAAGUCUCAGACGCUUGGUCAACUUCUGUGGACAGAUUAACUGCAUAAGUGCUUUUUUAUCAGAUACUGUUUUACAUCAAUUGUAUUUAUAAUUUUUAUAUCUCAAUGCAAAUAAAUAAUUUAUAUAUUGGAAAACUCAAUAAUUCUAAACAAGAUUUUUUGUUUUCUUUCUGCUACGGUUUUGUCACUUGUGGCUGUUACUUGUUCCUCCUGUACUAGUUACUUCCACUGUUUCUUCCUGUCUGCUCGUAUCUUACUCUCUUCUUUUAUACACCUUUUCCUUUGUUAUUCUCAGUUCUGUUCUGUUGUGAUGUUUUCUUCAUACACUUAGAAGCCUAGGAAUAAAUGUAAGGUUAUUGUCUAUUAA